AUGCUACAGUCGGUUAGCGUUCAUCUGAUGGAUGAACGACGUCAAUCGCGUCUGACAAAUGAUGAUCGCCGAGGUUCGAGAAUGUCUCGAAGAACUACACUGGCUGAUAUGCUUAUUACUACACAAUAUUCGCACCAUCUCUGCCCUCCACAGUGGUACGGUGUAGGAGUCACCGUCGGCGACGAUAUGCAACCGUCUUCACUGAUCGUGCCGGCUGACAACCCGAUCGGGUGGGCAGUGUUCAAUCCACUGCCUAUACAUGUUCAGAGACCACGAACACGUCCUACAGUACCUCUCACAGUGAUCCCGUACGUGAAAGCCAGGAUUGCAGUGCUGGCGUCCCAAAGCGCCUCUGUAGGCUUGCUGUAUGUUCCUACGCAAGUUCUGGAACCAAUGGACGCUCGAGGAGAACGCUCGUCGUAUGACGAUUACAGUGCUCCCCUCCGGCACGAAGAAAGUUCACCUCAGAUCGCCAAGCGAACUUGCCGAAUUAUGCCCGGAAAAGACUCAGGAUAG